CAUCCAGGACCAUGGAGAGUGGCAGUAACAACUCAGACCCUAAUCGGUCUGAUCCCUUUGAAGCGUUUCCCCUGAGAACCCUGGAGCCAGGUGACAUUGCAGUGCUGGUUUUAUACUUCCUAUUUGUCCUCGCUGUUGGAUUAUGGUCCACAGUGAAGACCAAAAGAGAUACAGUGAAAGGUUACUUCUUGGCAGGAGGGGACAUGGUGUGGUGGCCGGUGGGUGCGUCUCUGUUUGCCAGCAAUGUUGGAAGUGGACAUUUUAUUGGCCUGGCAGGGUCUGGUGCUGCCACGGGUAUUUCUGCAUCUGCUUAUGAACUUAACGGUUUGUUCUCUGUGCUGAUGUUGUCAUGGAUCUUUCUACCCAUCUACAUUGCUGGUCGGGUCACUACGAUGCCGGAAUACCUAAGAAAACGAUUUGGCAGCAACAGGAUUCCCAUCAUCUUGGCUGUUCUCUACCUGUUUAUAUACAUCUUCACCAAGAUCUCGGUGGAUAUGUAUGCAGGUGCCAUCUUCAUUCAACAGUCUUUGCACCUGGACUUGUACCUGGCUAUAGUUGGACUGUUGGCCGUUACAGCGCUCUACACUGUCACAGGUGGCCUGGCUGCUGUGAUCUACACGGAUGCUCUACAGACUCUGAUCAUGCUUGUUGGAGCGCUGAUCCUGAUGGGUUACAGUUUUGCUGCAGUUGGUGGGUUGGAAGGUUUGAAGGAGAAGUACUUCCUGGCUCUGGCUAGCAACCGGACAGAGAACAGCAGCUGCGGGCUACCCCGAGAAGACGCCUUCCAUAUUUUCCGAGACCCAGUAAACUCUGAUCUCCCAUGGCCUGGGAUCCUGUUUGGAAUGUCCGUCCCCUCCCUGUGGUACUGGUGCACAGAUCAGGUGAUUGUUCAGCGAACUCUGGCUGCCAAGAACCUGUCCCAUGCCAAAGGUGGUUCUCUGAUGGCUGCAUACCUGAAGGUGCUGCCCCUUUUUAUGAUGGUGUUCCCUGGAAUGGUCAGCCGUGUCCUCUUCCCAGACCAAGUGGCUUGUGCAGAUCCAGAAAUCUGCCAGAAAGUCUGUAGCAAUCCCUCCGGCUGCUCUGACAUCGCAUAUCCCAAACUUGUGCUGGAGCUUCUGCCCACAGGGCUCCGAGGGCUCAUGAUGGCUGUGAUGGUGGCGGCGCUCAUGUCCUCCCUCACCUCCAUCUUUAACAGUGCCAGCAUCAUCUUCACCAUGGACCUCUGGAAUCACAUCCGACCUAAGGCAUCUGAGAAGGAGCUCAUGAUUGUGGGCAGAGUGUUUGUGCUGGUGCUGGUGCUGGUCUCCAUCCUCUGGAUUCCUGUGGUUCAAGCCAGCCAGGGCGGCCAACUCUUCAUCUACAUCCAGUCCAUCAGCUCCUACCUGCAGCCACCCGUGGCUGUGGUCUUCAUCAUGGGAUGUUUCUGGAAGCGGACCAAUGAAAAGGGGGCCUUCUCGGGCCUAAUCGUGGGCUUGCUGAUAGGAUUUGUCAGACUGGUCCUGGACUUUAUUUAUGUGGAGCCUCGGUGUGACCAGCCAGAUGAGCGCCCCGCAGUGGUGAAGAACAUACACUACCUCUACUUAUCCAUCAUUCUGUCCGUGGUCACCUUGGUCACCGUGGUCACCGUCAGCUGGUUCACAGAGCCACCCGCCAAGGAGAUGGUCAGCCGCCUUACCUGGUUUACUCGCCAUGACCCUGUCGUCCAGAAGCAACAGGCACCCCCUUCGCCUCUUACCAUCCCUCAGAAUGGAACACCGGAAGGUUGUAACACCACCAUCCAAAUUGAGAUGGUUCAAGAAAACACGUCCAAACCCCCCAACUAUGCUGAGACACCAAAGCAGUCCAAAGUGGUGAAAGCCAUCUUGUGGCUCUGUGGAAUGGACAACAAAGACACGGACAAGCCUGUGAGCAAAGCAGAACCUGUCAUGGCAUCUUUGGAAGAAAAUCCCGCCGUGAAGACUCUCCUGGACAUCAGUCUCAUUGUUUGCAUUAGCUGUGCCCUCUUUCUCUGGGGCUACUUUGCUUAA